CCUUAAUUUCACACAACUAAUUUUAUUUUAUUUUAUUACUUUCUACAUUCAAAAAACAUAUAAAAUGGGAGCAGACGGAGGACGCAGACAGAGCCUGCGACUAUUAAACAAGGCGUUGCAAGAGUCAGACAAAGAAGAGCAAGCGACAAGCAACCAGCAGCCAAGCAUACCUAAACCCAGCGACACCCCAGGUGGUCGAGUGCUCGACGGGCGCGUGGAGAAGCGCAGCGGGGCCGGGCGAAUAAUCCCCUCGCGAUACAUGAGCAAUACAGCAGCAGCAGCAGCAGCAGCAGGAACACCGGCAGCAGUGAAAAAGACAGCCGGGCCACGGGUCCGCGCAGCCAUCGCCGCACUAACCGCCACACCAGCCACCUCGGCCGCCUUGCCAAGACCAGGGACAUUCACGGACCGCACAGCGGCACCUGCAAUGGCGCCGGUCUGCAGGCCCUAUUCGGCGCAUAGGCAGCUGGAGGCCAGCAACGAGUGCCUAGAAGAAAGCGCUGCUGUUCGGCGAGCAUUGCCGCCUGGGGACUCGCGGACGGCUGAGCGUCUGCAGUGGCAGCUGCUCUUGGCGCGAUCGCAGAUGCAGUUUGACUCGGCCAAAAGCGCAGCACAGCGAGAAAUCAAUCAGCUCGUGGGCGAAGCAGAGGAAGCCAAGCGGGCAUUGUUCGAGGAGCAGCGUAAGCUGAAAGUUAUGCAGGAGCUCGUGGCGCUGGAUUCGUGGAUCAAUGGGAGUGCAGGGAUGGCGGUGCGGGAGAUGGGCCGGGUGGUGGGCGAGGUGGCUGAGGCGUAUUUGCGCUUUGGGCGCGGUAUGCAGAUGACCACAAGGGCGAUGCCGGUUGCCGGCGUGUGGUAUGAGGAUGAGGCGCGGGUGGUGGCGGAUCUGGAACGCUUUGUUGCUGAGGUCGCGGAGGCUUUUCCGCCGGAGGACCCCAGGGUGCGGAGCGUGUUUUGUGUGGCCGAGGCGCUGCGCCAGUUUUGCCAGGGUCGCAGGGAGGAGGCCCGGCUGGGCGCCGAGUGUGGCCGCUUGAAGGCAUCGCUCGAGCAUGUGGUUGCGCUGGCGGAGAGCAGGCACGAGUGAGUGUUUUUUUUAAAAAUUUGUUUUGUGUAUUUUAAUGGCAGUAAAGCCUGUGUUUUGUAAAUGUUUUUGAUUCCUGUUUUUAUUUGACCUAUUCUUUGCUGUGUGGGUUUUGUUUUUUGGCGGGUUAGGCGAGUGCGUCACACUGGGUCGCAGUAAAUGCAGAUCAGAAGAG